UCUAGCUCCCUCCCCGGAGUGCCCAGCCCGCCUCCUUGCGCGGCGCCGGCGGCCAAAGGCUCGCUCUCCUUACCCGAGACGCGUUCCGGGAGACGCUCCGCGGGUCGCGAGCGGAGUCCGCGGCGUGGGGGUCGCGAGGCGCUGUCCUCUCCCCGGCGGGCGCCCCAUGCGCGCUCCUUUCGCUCAGGCAGUCGCCGCCGCUCUCCGGGGCUGAGACGUCCGCCUUAUCGCCUCCCGCGCGGUGACCUAGGCGAGAACGCAGCUGGUCGUGCCUGACGCCGGUCGACGCCGCCGAGUGGAAACAAAAUGUCAGUCAGUGUGCAUGAGAACCGCAAGUCCAGGGCCAGCAGUGGCUCCAUUAACAUCUACCUGUUUCACAAGUCUUCCUACGCUGACAGUGUCCUCACGCACUUGAACCUUUUACGCCAGCAGCGCCUCUUCACGGAUGUCCUUCUCCAUGCUGGGAACAGGACCUUCCCCUGUCACCGGGCAGUGUUGGCUGCAUGUAGCCGCUACUUUGAAGCCAUGUUCAGCGGCGGCCUGAAAGAGAGCCAGGACAGUGAGGUCAACUUCGACAACUCCAUCCACCCCGAAGUUCUGGAGCUGCUGCUCGACUAUGCGUACUCCUCCCGGGUCAUCAUCAAUGAAGAAAACGCAGAAUCGCUUCUGGAAGCUGGCGACAUGCUGGAGUUUCAGGACAUCCGGGAUGCGUGCGCUGAGUUCCUGGAAAAGAAUCUGCAUCCCACCAACUGCCUGGGCAUGCUGCUGCUCUCUGACGCGCACCAGUGCACGAAGCUGUACGAGCUGUCCUGGAGAAUGUGUCUCAGCAAUUUCCAGACCAUCAGGAAGAACGAAGAUUUCCUCCAGCUGCCCCAGGACAUGGUAGUGCAACUCUUGUCCAGUGAAGAGCUGGAGACAGAAGAUGAAAGGCUUGUGUACGAGUCUGCAAUUAACUGGAUCAGCUACGACCUGAAGAAGCGCUAUUGCUACCUCCCAGAGCUGUUGCAGACAGUGAGGCUGGCUCUCCUGCCAGCCAUUUAUCUCAUGGAGAACGUGGCCAUGGAGGAACUCAUUACCAAGCAGAGAAAGAGCAAGGAGAUCGUGGAAGAGGCCAUCAGGUGCAAACUAAAAAUCCUGCAGAAUGACGGCGUGGUAACCAGCCUUUGUGCCCGGCCUCGGAAGACUGGCCAUGCUCUCUUCCUCUUGGGUGGGCAGACCUUCAUGUGCGACAAGCUGUAUCUGGUAGACCAGAAGGCCAAAGAGAUCAUUCCCAAGGCUGACAUCCCCAGCCCAAGAAAAGAGUUCAGUGCAUGUGCAAUUGGCUGCAAAGUGUACAUUACCGGGGGGCGGGGGUCUGAAAACGGAGUCUCAAAAGAUGUCUGGGUUUAUGAUACCCUGCAUGAAGAGUGGUCCAAAGCUGCCCCCAUGCUGGUGGCCAGGUUCGGCCACGGCUCUGCUGAACUAAAGCACUGCCUGUAUGUGGUUGGGGGGCACACAGCUGCAACGGGCUGUCUCCCAGCCUCCCCCUCAGUCUCCCUAAAGCAAGUAGAACACUAUGACCCCACGACCAACAAAUGGACCAUGGUGGCCCCCCUCAGAGAAGGUGUUAGCAAUGCAGCCGUGGUGAGCGCCAAGCUCAAGCUGUUUGCUUUCGGAGGUACCAGCGUCAGUCAUGACAAGCUCCCUAAAGUUCAGUGUUAUGAUCAGUGCGAGAACAGGUGGACGGUCCCAGCCACCUGUCCCCAACCCUGGCGUUACACAGCAGCAGCGGUGCUGGGGAACCAGAUUUUUAUUAUGGGGGGAGACACGGAGUUCUCCGCCUGCUCUGCUUACAAAUUCAACAGUGAGACUUACCAGUGGACCAAGGUGGGAGAUGUGACAGCCAAGCGCAUGAGCUGUCACGCUGUGGCAUCCGGAAACAAGCUCUAUGUGGUGGGCGGGUACUUCGGCAUUCAGCGCUGCAAAACUUUGGACUGUUACGACCCGACAUUAGACGUGUGGAACAGCAUCACCACAGUCCCAUAUUCGCUGAUUCCUACCGCAUUUGUCAGCACCUGGAAGCAUCUGCCUUCUUAGACGGCAGUACCUCUUCGAGAAGGGGAGCGUGAGGUAAGAAGUCAGUGUGGCUGGAAGUAGGCGUGUCAUUA